AUGUCUGAUGCUGAACAACUGUCAUUGCAAUUAUUUGAUAUUGAAGCCGUUAAAUUUGGAAAUUUUACAUUAAAAAGUGGUAUUCAAUCGCCUAUCUAUAUUGAUUUAAGAGUAAUUAUAUCUUAUCCGGCUGUUCUUCGUUCUGUUUCUCAACUGGUCAAUGAUUUACUGGAAAAAUCAAACAUUGAGUGCGAUAGUAUUUGUGGUGUACCAUAUACAGCAUUACCCGUAGCAUCUGUUAUAUCUGUCGAAUAUAAUAGACCCAUGUUGAUUCGACGUAAAGAAGCAAAAAGCUAUGGAACAAAAAAAAUGAUUGAGGGCAUAUACAAGAAUAAUGAUCAAUGUUUAAUUAUUGAAGAUAUAGUGACGACUGGUUCAAGUGUUAUCGAAACAGCACAAAGUCUGAGAGAACAUGGUUUACGAGUGAAUAAUGCAAUUGUGUUCCUAGAUCGUGAACAAAAUGGAAAAAACAACUUGGAAGCAAAUGGCAUUACUUUACAUGGACGCGUGGUUCUCAAAGUUAAGUAUCGUACAGAUCAGGAUUGGGAUGAAAUGUGGGUAGACAAUAAUGAAACAUCGCUAGUACGGCACGUUAGUUAUCAUUCCAUCUGUGCUAAUAAGCAAUUUCUCGACGUUUCUAGUGUAUUAACAUUAACUGAACUAUUGCAACAUUUGCUUCGUCAUAAACGUAUUACACUUGAUUGUGUUAAUCAAGUUCAAACGUUUAUUAAGUCAAAUCAAGUUCAGUUAAAUCAGCCAAAUGUAGAUGAAAAAAGAACAGUAGUUAAAUCUAACUAUUUACCAAUCCGUGAACAUAUCAGAACAAUUAUUGAAGAAAAGAAAAGUAAUUUAUGCUUGUCAGCUGAUUUAACAAAUCUUGAUGAAAUUAUAGAAUUAUCGAAACAAGUUGGAGAUUAUAUCUGCUUGUUGAAAAUACACUGUGAUAUCUUGAAUGAUUUUACAAUGGAAAAAAUUAGACAAUUAAAAACAAUUUCAAAAGAAAAAAACUUUCUCUUAUUCGAAGAUCGAAAAUUUGCUGAUAUUGGCAAUACUGUUAGUUUACAAUAUACGAAAGGUUUAUCUCAAAUAUGUGAAUGGGCCGAUCUUGUCACUGUUCAUGCUUUGCCGGGUGAUGGUAUUCUGAAAGCAUUAGAAGAGUCGUCGAAAGAAGUAGGCGAACCACGUGGUUGUUUUUUACUUGCUCAAAUGUCGUCGAAAGGAGCACUGACAGAUGAAAAAUAUGUAAAAGCUACGGUACAAUAUGCAGAAAAAUAUCAAAAUUUUGUUAUUGGGUUUAUCGCACAAUCACGAUUAUCAACUUCGAGCAAUAUUGAUUAUAUUCAUUGUACUCCAGGUGUUCAUAUCAACAGUUCGGAAGAUAAAUUUGGUCAACAAUAUAUUUCACCUGCAGAGGCUGUUCUUCAACGUGGUGCUGAUGUAAUAAUAUGUGGACGAGCAAUACUUGAAUCUAACGAUCGCGUUCAAACAGCCAAACUAUACCAGACCGAAGGAUACAAAGCUUAUCAACAAAAACGGCAAUGA